AUGGCCUACACCUCAGGCAUCAUGCCCAUGCUGCCGGUGCAUGAGCCGCCGUUCACCAUCGAAUCGCCCGGCUACAAACAAAUGCCCGGCGAGACGAUCCCCAGGCGCCAUCCCAAGGCCAAGGACGGGCUGCUGACGCGGCCCUGCGACGGAGUCGACACCAUCUACGACGUCGUCCGCCGCAGCGCCCGCCUCUACGCAGACAACAAGGCCGUCGGAUACCGCAAACUAGUCAAGGUGCACACCGAGACCAAGACGGUCCGCAAGAAUGUCGGCGGCAGGAUCCACGAGGCCACCAAGGACUGGCAGUUCUUCGAGGUCGAGCCCGCCUCGUACCUCAACUACACCCAGUACGAGAAGCUCGUCCUCCAGCUCGGCUCGGGCCUGCGCAAGAUUGGGCUGACGCCCGAGCACAAGCUGCACUUCUUCGCCACCACGAGCCACCAUUGGCUCGCCCUCUCCCAUGCGUGCGCCUCGCAGUCCAUCACCAUGGUCACGGCGUACGAUUCCCUCGGCGAGAGCGGCAUCCAGCACUCCCUCGUCCAGACGCAGUCCAGUGCCAUCUUCAUCGACCCCCAUCUCCUCAAGACGGCGCUGACCCCCCUCAAGCGGUCCAACAUCAAGACCGUCAUCAUCAACGACGAGUGCAUCUUCGCCGCCGGCGGCGAGGCGCAGGCCUUCAAGGAGGCAAAUCCGGACCUGCGCGUGCUCACCUUGGAGGAGCUGCGGAUUAUCGGCGAGCGGAACAUGGUCAAGCCUGUGCCGCCGCAGCCGAAAGACACGUACUGCAUCAUGUACACUUCCGGGACGACAGGUCACCCAAAGGGCGCCGUCAUCACGCACGAGGCGCUUCUCGCUGGAGUCGCGGGCUUGUACGCGUGUGUCGACGAGGUACUCACCGAAAAGGACAGAGUUAUAGCAUACCUCCCCCUCGCGCACAUCCUCGAGCUCACGAUCGAGAACGUGGCCAUCUUCGGCGGCGGCACGCUCGGCUACGGCACCCCUCGCACCCUCUCCGACACGUCCGUGCGGAACUGCCUGGGCGACAUGCGCGAGUUCAAGCCGACGCUGAUGAUCGGCGUGCCGCAAGUCUGGGAGACCAUCAAGAAGGGCAUACUGGCCAAGCUCGACGCCGCGAGCCCCAUCGCGAGGGGCAUCUUCUGGGCCGCGUACGGCUUCAAGGACUUCAUGAUCAGGAACGGGCUCCCGGGCGCCGGCAUGCUGGACGGCGUCUUUAGCAUGGUUCGCGAGCAGGCAGGCGGCGCCCUGCGGAUCACGGUCAGCGGCGCCAGUCCCGUGUCCGACAGCACGAGGCACUUCCUCAGCAUGGUUCUCGCGCCCAUGAUUGUGGGGUACGGGCUCACCGAGACGACGGCCAACGGGCUGCUGGGCUGCCCCUUGGAGUACUCGCCGGAUUUCAUCGGGCCUGUGGGGGGCUCUGUCGAGAUCAAGCUCGUGUCGCUGCCUGAGCUCGGGUACUUGACGGAUGCCCCGAACCCGACUGGAGAGAUCUGGAUAAAGGGUCCUUCUGUUAUGCAGGAGUAUUACAACGAUCCCGAGGAGACGAUCAAGGCCUUCACGGUGGACGGUUGGUUCAAGACCGGGGAUGUUGGCGAGUUGAAUCCUCAAGGUCAUAUGCGCGUCAUCGACCGAGUGAAGAACCUCGUCAAACUUCUCGGCGGCGAAUAUAUAUCUCUGGAAAAGCUCGAGUCCGUAUAUCGAGGGUCGCAGAUGGUGACCAACGUCAUGAUAUACGCUGACCCGGAGCGAUCGCGCCCCAUUGCCGUCGUCACACCCAACGACAAGGCGCUGUUGGAGGUCGCAAAGGGCCUUGAGGUCGAAGAGGAUAGCAUCCAUUCGAGCCCCCAGAUUGUCGAGGCUAUUCUAAAGGAUCUCCAGCACGUUGGCCAGACGGGUGGUCUGACCAGCCUGGAGACCAUUGCUGGAGUGGCGGUCAUUGACACUGAAUGGACUCCCCCAACCGGUCUCGUUACGGCAACACAUAAACUCAACAGAAAGGCGAUCUGCGAUAGAUUCAAAAAGGAAAUAGACGAGGUGCUCAAAGCAACAUCCCAUUGA